UUACUGGUUGAGAUGACAUUCACAUACGUCAUUUGGUCAUUUACGUUUAUGUUGUGAAAUUGUGAGAAUCUUUGUAGAAAUCAAUUGGUUUAACUUAUAUAUUUGGGGUUCUAAAUUGGUUGAAGUAAAUCUAAUCUGUUUGAGGCAGAUCACAACAUGCUGAGGUUUCCCAAAUUGGGAGGCGACCGCAACAGUGAGUGGCGCUGCUUAUUCUGUCUUCAUGUACGCACGGGUACAAUCUUACUUGGAACAUGGCACUUGAUGCUGCACCUUGUAGCUUUGGGUUUCCUGGCUGCUAUAGUGCGUGAUCCUCGCUUGUUGGAUGAAUUGGAGCGUGAUGGGUCACCCAUAGCAGACUGGAGUGAUGUUGGCAAACCAAACAAUGUGAUGCCCACUCCUCUCUCUAAUGUAGAGGCACCGCCUAGCUCAUACCCCCAACAUUCCAUUCAACCCCGAGAUCAUGGUCUUAUAUACCAUGAUGUGGAUGUGGGUGCACUGGUUACAGUGUGCACCCUGACCAUCACGCUCAUGCUGAUCUACGGAGCGGCCCGUGGCAAGCCAGCUCAUCUGCUGCCGUUCUUCUGUCUGCAGAUAUUCGACUUUGCUAUCACUGUGCUUACAGCCACAGGCUACCUAUGCUACCUCCGUUCCAUCCACCGGCUGGUGGCGGAGACGCGGCGAGUGCCGUGGCGCGCCGAGCUGCUGCAGCUGCCGGCGCCCGCGCUGGCGCUCGUCGUGCUCUCUGCCUUCCUCCUCGCCGUGCUGCUGAAGGGCUACUGCAUCAACGUGGUGUGGCGGUGCUACAAGUACCUGACGAUGCGUGCGCACGCGCUGCAGAGCCUCACGCCGUUCGUGAUCUCCAGCGAGGGGCUGGUGACUGCGCCCGCGCCGCCCUACUCGGCACCUGCGCCCGCGCCGGACUACUCCAGCCUCCUGCCCGACUACGAAGAGGCCGUCAAGCAGACUCCCCCACCAUCCUACCGCGCAGCCACAUUGAUGGCCACGGCUGAACCAGCUAUCACUACUCCGGAGACUCCGCCCGGGGAACAGACGCAGCCGGCCCCGGCCACCAAUACGGUGGUCAUGUUGCCUCAACAGGGCACACAGGCCCGCGUCUAAAUCUCAUGUACCUACAAUCCCACACACACAAACACACAUUACACUCAUCGGAAUACGAACGUUGUGACAACUUUAUAUGUGGAUGUAAUUUGCGUAAAUUUUACAUAUAGAAAAAAUGUCAGGAAUAUUUAAGAUAUAACAUACAAAUUUCUUGUACAGCUUCAGUAGAAUGAAUAAAAUUUUUCAUCGGUUUAUUAUCUGCCAAUAAAUUACUGGUGCUACCGGUACUCACGUAGUGUAAUCAGAUUUUAUUUUCGGAUUUCAUCAUGUUUUUUUUUUUGGAAAUAGUUGGUUAUUAUCAUGGACCUACUUUAUAAUAUGAUUACUUAUGACACCCAUAUUGUGACACGCAUUGAGUAUUAAUCCGUCGGUUCACAUGCAAAUUAUAGUGGUCGAUGUGUUUCUGUCGGUAGUAAACGAACUCAAAUCCCGAUGACUGUAUGUCUAAAAAAAUUAAUUGAGAAAAUUUCUAAGUCACUUUCAGUCCUUAGAAGUGUUAAUCCAUGAUAAAGUAUUUACCUCAUAAAUCACCACGUAAAAUUACGAAUUUCAAACAUUCGUUUUAUGUAAUUUCAUUUGUAAAAUUAUAUUAAAAAAUUAACUCUUGUAUUGUUUCCUUUUAUUUUUCUCUUGUUUUAUUGUAAUGUCUAAAAAAUAUUUUCUUUUAACAUUUCCACUUUGUAGUCAUCGAUCGUGUUGUGUUGUAUCUACAACGGUCUAGUGCCAUCAUGUUGUGUUUGAAAAUUUUAUUUUUGUAAAAUAAAUCUGUAGUAUUAUAUAUCUCGUUUUAAAUUUUAAUUAAACAUAUACUUAAAACUCAUCGCUAAAUGCACUUUUUCUUUAUAUUUGCUUUAUUUUGCUCACACUUUCAAAACCUGUAUAGUUGAAUUGAAAGUAAAUCAAUUUAAGUGUUUUUUAUAAGGCUUUGUUCUACAUAAAUUAUGACAUUUUAUAUUUGUAAAAUAAAAAUUAGACAGAUUGUAAUGCUAUGCUUAUCAACUUAUUACUCCUGGAUUUAAGGAACGUUUAGAAAAAUAAAUGAAAUGUAUAUCGCACUAUAUAUAAUAAAGAAAUUAAGUCAAUAUAAUUAUGACUUAAUUUCUUUAUUGAUGUCAAAAUAUGGCGCCGUCCAUUCCUAUUCAUGAAAUUAAUUCUCAUGUUCCUAACACAUAUUUGAGGGUUUGCAGUGAUUAUCAUUCGAUUAUAUAAAACAAUAGUUUGGAUGAAUAGCAAUCAUAGUUAUGGUAUUUUAUAUAGAGGUCACUGCCUCGAAUAAUAAUAAAUUAUCUACACAUUAUGACCUUAUGGGUACUAUAUUAAUAAUGAUUAAACGGCUCUGUUGUUUAGACAUGAAUGAAUCGUCUAUCUAGUGUGGGUUGUCAAUUUUAGAAAAAAAUAUAAUUUCGUCGUAUAUCGAAGAACGUUAUUAAAAUUUUCUUGUCACACCGUUUUCGAAAGCUAAUUGUUAACCCACGCUAGAGCAUGAAAUCAUUGUCAGAAAAAAAGGAAAUGCCAAAAUCUAUGGUGCCUUAUAUGCGUUGCGAAGACGCAUCCGAAAAUUGUUAAUAAAGAUCUCUUUGGUCGAAUCGACAAAGCAAUUAGUACGUUAAUUAUAAUGUAAUGAAUUAUAUCGCUUCUUACUGCUGCUUUUAAUGUUACGAUAAGAACCUGUGGGUAGUUUCAUUGAGGCCUAAAAUCGAAUGAAUGAUUGUUUUUUGGUUUAAUUUUUUUCUGAAAUUGCUUAUAGUUAGUCCUUUUGCCUUGAUCUUCUCUUGGCGUUAAGCCCGGUUGCGUCCUCACCUCUCCGAGAGUACCCCGGAUUGCGCUAAUAACCAUUAUCCAGGAUAGGGUAAGUAAGGGCUUCACACGAAACGAACGAACCCCCAUCUGUGUUUUUUUCCUAGAUAUUAGUGUGAAGAAGUGAACUUUUUGAUUUAAAGUCCAACAGAAUGAUGAAUGCUUAAGACAAAAAAAUACUUGUAGGUAACGUUUAAAAUGGAGGACUUAUCUUUAAUGUACUUAGAGGUAUUUUCCUUGAUUUUAUCAUUAAUAUAAGUAGUAUUUGUCAAGAAAAAGCAGAAAUCAAUUUUAGAUAUUGAUAAAUUCGUUAUUCCGUGUGUUAAGUAAGAAUGUCAUAAGAGUGUAUCGUAUUAAAUUAUUGACUGUAAGAUAUCUAAUCUAAAUCUUAAAUAAAUCAUUAUACUGUAUA